ACAGAAAUCAAAACAUUUGAAAGUGGAUUUCCAGUUCCAAGAAGAACCGAAGAGGAAAAUGAAGUUAAACCAAUUUGGCAAAGGGAGUCUCUUAUGAAGGAAGCGGAUGCUCAGUUUCUGUGUGCAUCUUACAUCGUAGACUCACCAAUUUCUGUGGCUUGUACAAGCAUUGUACAACAAUCUGUAGAUACCGCUUUGAAUCUCUGUCUUCAGGAUAUUCAGAUCAAGAAAAAUUCUUCGCGAGUGAAAUAUGAUUUAAAAAUUGUGGAAGACAUGUGUGAAAACAGUAUUUUAAAGGAUUUUAUAUCAUAUGUUCCGCCAAAUGACUUCGAUCCAGUUUUCCCUCUUGAAGUGCAAAAAUCUCUUGCCUGUCCUUCUGGUUGUAAUGGGAGAGGUCAGUGUACUGUAAAAGGGUGUGUCUGUGAAUCCUUUUAUUUUGGAUUGGACUGUAAAAUAUCAGUUAUUAAGUGGAAUAAGACAUUUGAAUUAUGUGACAUCAAUCUGUAUGGAUGUGAUCGAGUAACAUUUUUUGUUCCAAAGCGCAAUAGUGGAUUUAAAUGCAAACUAACUCUUGUUGAGUAUAGUUCAGAUCUCUCUAAUCUGUCGAUGUCGAUUGGAAUAGACCUCAAGGCAAAUGAAGUCGAUUGCAUCAUACCAUCAACUAAAUUUUUAAGAAGAGUAUUUUCCCAAUCAAAUACAGAAAGAUAUCAAAUUGAGGUAAUAAAUCGGCGAGGAAGGGUCGUUUCUGAUCGGAGAUUUGUGGUGUAUGAUUCUAGAUGUCGACACUGUAACAAGGCAGUCCAUGUGUUACUAAAGUAUGAAAAUACAUGCUAUAUAGAUGGUAAAUGUUACCCAAUGCAAGCUAGAAAUAUACAGAACAGAUGUCAACAGUGUAUACCUACUGUAUCCAAUUACAAAUGGACAGGACUAGAAGAAAAUCAGCCACCAGUUUUUGAAGUAACAAAUAAACAAGUGGUGAGAUUUUUGGAGGAGGAAGUCAAAGUUUUGAUUUUAGCUUAUGACCCCGAGGGCUCAGAAACGACACUGACGGUCCAUCAUAAGGACGCUAUUAUAACUGAGGGUAACAUACUGGUGUGGAACACUGCUGCAGUUGAACGAAAAGAAACCCCAAAGUUAGAGUUAUUUGAAGUGACGGCAUCAGAUCCUUGCAAUGCUUCAUCGGUUCUUCUGAUUCAGCUAAUUGUCGUUUCGUGUGAUUGUUUACACAAUGGAAUAUGUGCCAAUGGGUUUGAUUCUAUCAGUGGUCCAUUCGAAUACACAUGUUCCUGUCUUCCUGGAUACACUGGUAAACUGUGUGAAGUAGAUAUUAAUGAUUGUGAACCCAAUCCCUGUUUACAUGGUACUUGUAUCGAUCAGUUAUUAGCUUACGAAUGUGUUUGUCCACAAGGAUAUAAAGGUGAAAAAGCUUGUAAAUUAGGUGUCUGUUCAGAUUUAGUUACCUGUAUGGAAUUAAGGGAUUAUCCCGGCUAUAGUUGUUCCCCCUGUCCUAAAGGAUACAGCGGUAAUGGCACUACAUCUAUAUGUGAACCGUCCUGUGGUAGAUACAGAACCUGUUAUGAACCAAAUAAAUGUAAAUGUCCUGAUGGAUAUGCAGGUCAUAGAUGUCAUAAAGCUAUAUGUGAUCCUAAAUGUCACAAAGGAGGUUUUUGUACCAAACCGAAUGUCUGUAAAUGUUUUUCUGGCUAUAAGGGAAUACUUUGUGAAAUUUCAACCUGCCAGCCGUCUUGUAAAAAUGAUGGUAAAUGCUAUUCAUCCAACAGGUGUCGCUGUAAACCUGGGUAUGGUGGGUCGCGAUGUGAGAGAGUUGCCUGUGGUUUUAAAUGCUUCAAUGGCGGUAGAUGUAUCGCUGUAAACAAAUGUAAAUGUCGGCCUGGAUUUUAUGGAAUAUUCUGUGAGAGAAAGAUAUGUCGCCCAUCUUGUUUAAAUGGUGGACACUGUACCAGUGCAGGUACAUGUCGGUGUCCUACAGGAUAUUUUGGCAAAAGGUGCCAGAAUGCUAUAUGCAGUCCUCCAUGUGUACAUGGGGGUAAAUGUAAAAGAAAAAAUACAUGUAAAUGUCCACGAGGUUAUGGUGGUCCGAGAUGUGAAAACGCUAUAUGUAGACAGGGUUGUAGGAAUGGAGGUAGAUGUCGAGCCCCAGAUAGAUGUAUGUGUAGAUCUGGUUGGAGAGGGUUUAAAUGUGAUAAAGCAAUAUGUGAUGUAUCGUGCAAAAAUAGUGGUCUUUGUUUUAAGCCGAAUAUUUGUGCUUGUAAAGAUGGUUAUGCUGGAUCAGAUUGUAGUAAACCUAUUUGUCGACCAAGUUGUAAGAAUAAAGGAUUCUGUAUGGCUCCGGGAUAUUGUUGGUGUAAUAGAAAUCAUUAUGGCAAAGAUUGUAGUAAACGU